CCGGCCAAAUCAGUCAAAAUGGUCAACGUUCCGAAAACCCGCCGGACUUACUGCAAGGGCAAGGAGUGCAAGAAGCACACCCAGCACAAGGUCACCCAGUACAAGGCUGGCAAGGCCUCCCUGUUCGCCCAGGGUAAGCGUCGUUAUGAUCGGAAGCAGAGCGGUUACGGUGGUCAGACCAAGCCCGUCUUCCACAAGAAGGCCAAGACCACCAAGAAGAUCGUCCUCCGUCUUGAGUGCACUGCUUGCAAGCAGAAGAAGCAGCUCUCCCUGAAGCGCUGCAAGCACUUCGAGCUUGGUGGAGACAAGAAGACCAAGGGUGCUGCUCUUGUCUUCUAAAUUUGCGAUUUUCUUGUUCGGCUCUGGGUUUCCUGCAUUGCUAAUCCGGCGGUGGCAUAUGACAAUGGCAAUGGAAAAUGAAAUAGGGUCCUCAUAUUCAAAAGAAAAAAAGAAUAUAUGACUCCUAGUUGACGAGUCUCUUGACGAAAUUACCCGUGUUCCUGAUACCGCGUAGCAGCAUUUGUAGAUCUAUGAGAGAACGGUGAUAUGAUAUGGAACGGUUGAUCGCAAACCCGUGCCUCCCAAGCCUUGCAACCACCAACACGAUCUAAUGGAACGAGACUACGGCUUA